AUGGCGUCCACAAUUUGUAAGAAAGAAAUCUUGAUGGACAUCCUCGUAAGACUACCAGCAAAAACCCUAAUGCGGUUUCUAUGUGCAUGCAAAGCAUGGAGUGAUAUGAUCAGCAGCCCUGAUUUUGUCUCUAAAAAUCUUAACACGAAUUUCACGAAACGCAAAAAUAUGCAUCUAAUUUGCCUCCACAAACUUUUGGUCGAUACGGAUGAUCCAGAUGACGACCAACCUAUAUGGUCUUUCUUUCACUAUGAAACAUUUGAGCAGGGCUUGAGGUUAAGCCAUCCCUCAGGGAGCACAGAACAUUAUGGGAUUUAUGGUUCGAGCAUUGGAUUAGUUUGCAUUUCGCAUACUGAAGAAGGUUUGAGUUGCAGGAGUCCUAUAAUCAUAUGGAAUCCAUCUAUCAAUAAAUUUAAGACGCUUCCAUCAAGCACAAACAAUAAGUUCCGAUACAUGUCCCUCCAGUUUGGGUACCAUCCUGGCGAUAAUGACUACAAGGUAGUAAGAAUGAUCUGGUUUAACAAGGAUGUUUUCGCAGUCGAAGUUUAUUCUCUUAGCAGCAACUCUUGGAAGAUAUUUGAAGAAAUUCCUCCAUGGUUAAAAUACAAUUUUAAACAUCAUGAAGGUACAUUCAUAAAUGGAGUAGCCUACCGAAUUCUCGAGAAGCAUUAUAUGUAUACCCUCAUGUCUUUCGAUUCAGUCACGGAAGAAUUUGAAGAAUUCAUAUUACCAGAAUCUAUCAUCAAUUCACAUAAUUUACAUCUACACUCUUUCGAGGAAAAGCCUUGCUUGAUGUCUCACUGGUACUGUUCUGAUGAGGAGGACUGGGAUAGAGAUGAGUUCUGGGUCCUUGAAGACAAACGUUGGAAACGUAAUCGUCCUUUUUAUUAUCCUAAGAAUGGUUAUAGUACAAUGGGGGUUAUAGAUGAUAAUGUGCUUAUGAAAAAAAAUGAUUACAGAAAUGGCGUAGUAGACUUGUUUUUUGUGAAUUACGAAACCAGGGAAGAUCGUACAACAGGAAUUAAGUUGGCCAUCACGAGAAUAGGCUAUGAAGAAGUGUUUUAUGUAUUUCCCUACACAGAGAGUUUGGUAUUACUGAACUGA